AGACAACAGAAGAGGUAAAGUCUCUGCCAUGUCCUCCGCCGAAGUGAUCCUCACCAAGCUGGGCUUGCUAGCUGGAGAUGACGAGCUGGACAUCUUGCCCCACUUCCACAAUGUCUUCCCAGUGUUGCUGGACCUCAUAGCUGCCGCCGGUCGCACGGGCGAGCAAGACGCCGAUCUACUGGAGCACGCCCGCGAAUGUCUCGUCCACCUGCUGAAGUAUCGCGCCAAGUACCUCAUCGACGACAUGCCGAACUACCUGGCGCAAUACGUAAAGCUCUUAAAGCACAAGAAGGUGGGCAUCCGUCACUUCUCAGCGGAGAGCCUGGCACUGGUCUUCCGGCGCAUCCCUGGCUCGGGGAUGAAGCCGGCCAUGGCGGACGCCUUUCAGCUCUUGGUGCAGACCCCGUCUUCAGAGCUGCAGCUCUUGGCGGACGGUUUGGGCGUCCUCUUCUUCAAGACCGUGCGGGGCGUGCAGCGCCAGUUCCGCGCCAAGACCAAGGCCGUCCUGCGCUGCCUGCUGCGGAUUCCACGGCGCGCCAGCUUCGAGCAGCCCAACGGUGACGUGGAUCUGGCGCCCGCGCGGGCGGCGCAGCUGCGGGCCGUGAAGAUGGCGCUGCUGCGGAUGCGGAACCACGCCCGCAGCUUGGACGACGCGGGGGACGUGGUGGAGGCCAUCUUCUUCCACUUCCGGCAGGCGGUGCAGCGGUACACGCGGGCCGCACGGGGUUCCAGUUCCGUGCCGGAGCCAGAGGAAGAAGAUGAAGACAGCGAUAGCGAGGAGCCGCCGAGCAAGGAAAGCGCUGCUCAGGAGGUGCUGUUCUUCGUGGACCUCGUAGUCUCCUGGCUCUUCAUGAAGCCGCGCCCCAGCAACUGCCGGGGAGACAGCUGGGCCGCCUUUGCCGCGGUGGCCGUGGAGUGCUUCUCUGGCAUCCUGGAGGCAGGCAAUUUGGAGACUUCGAGCGAGCCGCGCGCGACGAGCUUUCCGCCAGUGGCCAUGCCGGUGUCGGAGACCACGAAGCGGGGCUUCCUCCUGCUCUGGCGCGCCAUGCCCUCAGCCGUGGCGCCCUUGGCGGAGGAGAAGUUGGCGGAGCUCUUUGGAGGGCCCAAGGAGGUGGAGGCGCAAGCGGCUUUGCUCGCCAGCGGGCAAGAGGAGACGCUAAGCCUCUGCGCGGCCGCGGCUCCUUUGCCCUCCGUCGGCCUGGGGCGCCUGGGGCCACGUUUGGCCGCGGCCGCCUCGGCGGCGCUGGGCCUCGGCCCGGCGGAGACGCGGCUCCGCAGCGAGCGCUGCACCGUCGGGGCGCAGCUGCACCGCUGGGAGGCGAGCCCUGGGCUCUUGGAGAAGCUCCUGGAGACUUUGGAAGCCCUCGGCUCGCCUCACGCCGACGCCGACGCGGACGCGGGGCUGGCGGGGCUGGCGGGCGCCAUGGCGAGCGCCGGCGCGGUGCUCAGGCUGUUCCAAGCCCAGCCGGAGCAACGCGCAGCCUUCGAACGCCUGGCGCGGCUGCUGCCGAUGGCCGCCAAAGCGGCAAGCCACGCAGCGCCGAAGGCCAUGCUGCUGGCCCGGGUGUUUGAGUGCUGCGCGCUGGCGGCCCAAGGUUUGGCCGCGGCUCCCGCGCCGCCUGUGGACAGCUGGCCCGCGGCGGUUCCGGCGGGGAACCCCGCCGACUGGGCGGCGUGGACGGUGGCCUGGGGCCAGUCAGAGGCACACCCAGGCCCGCUCUUCACCGCCGUCAGCCGAGCGCUCUCGGCGGAGUCGGCGGCGCUCGUGCCGCUGAUGCCGCGGGUUUUAGUGGCGGCGCAGUCCAGCAACGCGCAGGUGCGCUUGGCCGCUCUGCGUGUGGCGCGCCUGCUGCCGGCGGAGGCCUUGUGUCGCCAGCUUCUGGCGCCCGAUGGCGCCGUGGGAGACGCUUCUGGAGGCGAGCCGGGUGAGCCGGGUGAGCCGCUGAAGCUGCUAGACCUCUGCCAGCAGCUGGAGGACACCCCGGCAGAUUUCCCCAACGAGCGCAAGCGCUCAGAGCAGAUCCGGCGUCUGGGCAAGGCGCUGCAGGGCCGGUCCUGGGCGGCCCACCUGGCCAUGCAGAUCUUGGCGAGCCAAUUCUCCGUGCGGCUCAUGCCCCUCUGGGCGCCCACAGAGGAAGCCUUACUGCAGCCCGUUGAGGGCAAGAAGCGGCCCAUCGAGGAGGCGGCUGCAGGCAAGCGGAAGAAGCGGCGCGUGGGCAAGGCCAAGGCCGCAUCCUCCGUGCCCGGAGACGAUGCGCCGCCCGAGCUGGAGGAGAAGUUCAGCCUGCUGGACGCCGCGGAGGAGCUCGAUUUGGAGCCCUUCCUCAAAUCCUUCGACUACAGUAGCCUCACAGACUUGGACAGCUGCUGGUGGACAGAGGCGGUCUGGUGCACUUGCGUGCGCCUGAUCUUGAGCCAGGAGGCCCGGGCCGCGGAGAAGGCGGUGGAGCGCGAGGCCAAAGGCCGAGAGGUGGGGCCCAAGGGCCAGAAGCUGCGACACCAGGACCCCCUGGAGGAGGAGCCCUGGGACAGCCAGCUUUGGCGCCCCAGCGCCUGGCGGGAAGCCUUGGAUCAGGUCUGGGAGGGCCAGGAGCUGUGGCAGACCCAGCAGGUGGCGGCUGCCACCAUGCACGAGCGCGCCUGGCGCCUGGCCAGCAAGCUCGCUGGCGUGUGGCGAGCUUCAAAGGCCGAGCCGUGGGAGGCCUUAAAGCGGCACCACGAGGACUGGCUGCUGGCCAAGUUGCUGUCCCACCUGGACCGCCGCUACCAGCAAACCCAAAGGGACACCUAUGGGCCACUGGUCCACGCAUUGCAAGCGGUGGCGCAGAUGCCCUCCAUUGAGACCUGCAGCCGCCCGUUGGUGAAGCUAUGCCUCCACGGCUGCAUCCACUGGCUGCUGCUGGAGGACUCCAAGCUACAGCAGCUGGCCGUGGCGGUGCUGGCAAAAUUCGGCACCAGCUUUCCCUUCAUCGGCAAAUGCGAGGAGCAGUUGAAGCGACUCUGCGACGAUGCCAGCUUCAGCGACGAGAUGCUCUCCUUGUCGGCCACCCGUGAUACCCACGAUGACCCGGAGGCGGAGGCCAACGUCCUCUUCGAGCAUCGCCAGCAGCUGAUGCCCCUAGUCCUGCGGAUCUUGUUUGCCAAGGCCACCCGCAGGGGCAAGCAGCUGGAGAAGCGCAGCACGCAGUCCAGCCGCCGCGGCUCGGUGAUGGCCUACCUCACGCACCUCACCGACGAGGCGUCGCUGCCGGAACUCUUCUUAGUGCUCCUGGGCUCCGUCUUGACGGUGCUGCCGUCCGAGGGUACGGACUCCCGGGUCUCCUCGAUUCAGCGCACCGCGUGCUUGCGCCGCGUCUUCACCGAAGCGGCGCCAAAGCCCGCGGCCUGGUGCGAGAAGUUGGCCAGCGCGCAGCGCUGGGGCCGCAAGGCGGCGCAGCUGCCGGCCGGCUGGGCCUGGCCGGAUGCAUCGGGCUCCAUCGCCGUGGACACGGAGGCCACGCCGCAGCGCCUCUUCGGGGUGCUGCAGAGCCUGGAGGAGGUGGUGCCCCAACUGGCGCCCAAGAUGCGCGCGACCGCCUGGCCCCGGCGCCUCAUGGAGCUCUGCGUCUCGGUGCUGCAGCGCGCCGGGCAGACCUCCAGAGCCAUGGAGCGCCAGGAGCAGAUGCAGAUCACCCGCCAGUGCCUGCGCGCCGCCUUGCUGCGCUGCAAGGAGCUCUUGGAGCAAUUCCCGGAGGACCUCGAGGAGCUGCUGGCGGCGAUGCGGCCGGCCCGCGGCACGGUGGAGUUCCUUUUCCGGCGCUUGGCGAGCAGCGGGGCCGUGCAGACCUCCGCGGCGGUGGUCAUGGCACGGAGCUGGGCGGAAGAGCCCGCGCUCUUCCAGUGCUUCGAGGAGUUUCCAGCCCUCGAGUGGCUCUUCCGCGUGCCGGCUGCCGCCUCGGUGAAGGCCGCGUUGGCGGAGCACGGCCACGCGGGGGACGUCGUGCCCCUGGUGGCAGAGAUUGCACUGCGCCUCUGCCGCGGUGGGUCCCUGGAGACGGCCAAGAAGGUGAGGCGACAGUACAGGGACGUGAAACGCGAAUUGCGCAAGCGGCAUCGGGACGGUGACGACAGCGACGAGGAGGUGGACGAGGAAGAGGAGGACGACAUCAUGGACCGGGAGGCCCAGGAGGAAGCGGUGCGUCGGGGCAUCGAGGUCAUGCGCCCCCACGUGGACGUGUUGCUGUCCUCCAUGCACGAGUUGGUGCAGAACCGGCUGCAUCUCAAGGGAAAGCAACGGGACAAGGUGCACGUGGCUACACCCACGGAGCUCUCGGUGCUGGCGUCGGUGUCGGAGUGGUGCUCGGAUCCCAAGGUGGCGCAGCAGUUGGUGCAGCUGCUGAUGACGGUACUGUCCACCACCAAAGGCAAAGGCGUGUCCAGCGAGAGCCAGCUGCUCCUGGUCACGUCCCUACGGCGCUUGGUCUUUGUUGCUUUGCCAUCAGAAGCCGUCGGGAUGCAGACAGAGGCAGCCAAGCCCAGUGGUCCAGAGGCGGCGACGUCGGAGGCCGUCAAGAAGCCAAAGUCGCAGAGUAGCUUCGUGGCCGAGACGGUGGCCCGGUUGCUGGGCUCCGUCAAGGACGUGGUGGUCAGAAAGCAGCUGGCGGAGCUGCUGGUGGAGGUGGAGGCCAUCAGGCGCCACGGACAGGAGGCCAAGGCCUACCUGGAGACGAGCCACACCUGGCAGCCGCCUGAGGACAAGGACUUUAGUACGUUGGAGGUGGCCCAUUUGGUGAGCGCGUUGAACAGCCUGAGGCGCUCAGGCCUUCAGGAGCCGGAUGUGGACGCCCACGUGGAGAUCCUGCAGGGCUUGGCGGACCAUCACCUCGUGGAGGGCAAGGUGGUUCCUGCCAAGAUGCUGGCACCGGUGGUGUAUCAUUGCCUCUUCCUGCUGGGCUGUGAGGGUGUCGACCUGGGCGUGCAGCACGGCGCGGAGCGGGUCUUGUGCUGCCUGGCGGACCGGCUGCUGCACCAGGUGGAGGAUGCCACCGAAGACCGCCAGGAGCUGCUGCACCUCACCUUCACGGUUACCAUCCAGGCGCUACGGCGGAUGCUGAAGGCCCCGGCGGACGAGGUCUUUCGCCCCGCGCUGCGGGUGCUGGCGCACUACGUGCGCUUCUUGGCUCCCCACUGCGGCGCCUGGAAAGCGGCGCCGGCGUCGGGCGAGCAGAGGGGCGCCUCCUUUGGGUCCUCACCGGAGGCCUUGCUGCAUCAAGACCUGCUGCCCCUGCUGAAGAACGUGCGGGGCGACGACGGCGGGGACUUGUUCGGGAACUUGCUGCACCUCCAAAAGCACCGCAGGGGCCGGGGCCUUUUGGCUCUGGCGCAGCGGGCGGAGCAGAACGGCUUGUCCUCCACCACGCUCACCCACUUCAUGCUGCCCCUGUCUCUGCAGGCGGUGCUGCAGCACAAUGCUUCCACCAACGCCUUUGACCCCAACUACGCGGAGACCGGGGUGCGAUGCUUGGGGGAGAGCAUGCGCGGCGUGUCUUGGUCCACCUGCUUGCAGACCAUACGACAGCUCUCCUUCCUGCUGUCCAAGCACGAGGCCCGUGAGCGCUGGAUCGUGAAGGGCGCCUGCGAGUGCUUGCAGCGCUUCCCGCUGCCCGAGCACCCGCUGCCGGACCCCGAGCUUUUGGAGGGCUUCAGGGCAGCAGACCUGCCAGAAGUGCUCAACGCCUUCCCUGAGAAGAGGAAGGGCAAAGGCAAAGGCAAGAAAGGCAAAGGCAAGGGCAAGGGCAAGGGCAAGGGCAAAGGAAAGGGCAGGAAGAGCGCAAAAAAGUCAGCGCAAGAACGCAGUGCGGAUGGUGAAGAAAAGGCGGAGAAGGAAGAGGAGGAGGAGAAGAAGGAGGGCAAAGAAGAAGAGGACAGGGAAGAUGAGGAGGACAAGGACAAGGAGAAGGAGGAUAAAAGCGCUGACAGCAUCGUGCGCUCUUUGAGGAGCACGGUGCUGCCGAUCCUGCAGAAGCUGUGGAAGGGCAAGAAAGAGGCCAAGGGCGGCGGCAAGGGCGGCCGAUCCGGUGGCAAGUCGAUCCCAUCGGUACGCAUCGCCGUGAUCAGCGUGAUGAUGCACUGCGUGCGGCAUUUGCCGGAGAAGGACUUCGCCUCGGAGCUGCCGAGGGUUUUGGGCUACGUGGUGGAUGGGCUCAAGGACCGGGACGCGGACACCAGGCGCGCGGCGCGCCAGGCACUGCAGAGCGUGGCGCAGGCGCUGGGGCCCAGGUGGCUGCCGUGGCUGGUCCGGGAGCUGCGGCCUCGCCUGGACCGGGGCUUCAUGGUCUUCGUGCGCGGCAGCGCGGUGCUGGCGGCGCUGCAGGCGCUGGAGGACCUGGCGGCCAGCGGGGACCUGGACGCGGCGCUGCAGGAGCUGCUCACCGAGGCCAUGGAGGAGCUGGAGAGGCAGCUGGCCUCCAGAGAGGCGGAGACUGGGGAGGACCUGGUGCGGCCGAACCAGGUGCCGGAGGCGAAGAAGCCCAAGGGGCCUGACUUCAUGUUCUUCGCCGGGAAGUUCUGCUCGCCCCAGCAGGUGCUGAAGCUGAUCUGGGCGCUUGACCGGAAGCUCCAGGGCGAGGGCCUGAAAGGGGACAAGAACGACUUGGUGCCCCGGGGCCUGGUCUUCCUGCGCCGCGUGGAGGAGCUGAUGAGCCGCGCCGUGGCCGGGCUCUGCGUGAACGCCGCCUUCGCCCGGAGCUUCGACGCCCAGGUCACGGCCUGCUCGGAGAUGCUGAAGGCGGUGGCGGAGAUGCUGGCGGGGAAGAAGAAGGAGGAAAAGCAGAAGCCUGCACCCAAGUUGAGGGACAAGGACAAGGCCUUUCAGGUCCAGGAAGGCGCUGCCACUGGCAGGGGCGCCGGCCGCAAGAGCCAAGGCGUGGAUGAGGCAGCGCGCGCCGGCGCGCUGGGGGGGUUGGGCCUCCGGGUGCUGCGGCAGACCCUGCAAGGCGCCAAGGCCCACAAGGGCACGGAGUGCGGCCUCAAGGAACUGGUGCCCGCUGUGGUGGCGUGCUUCGCAUCCAGGCAGGAUCGGCUCUUCGUGGCCUCUGCCAAGUGCCUGGGCCUGCUGCGGGGCUUCUUUGACGCCGAGCCCCAGGUCAUGGGCGAGCACGGCCCACAGAUCGCCCACACCGUGCUGAAGACCUUCGAGUUCGUGUCCUCUGCCCCGAGUUUGUCGCAGCACCUGCGUGCCAAGGCAAAGCUGCACGGCCUGGCGGGCGUGGGGGCGGAAGCGCUGCUGGCGACCAGCACGCGGCUGCUCAGCGCGCUUCUGAACCACAAGGACUCCGCGGAGUGGUUCUGCAGCAUGGGAAAGGAGGAAGCGCCUUUGCCUCUCAAGGAGAUGAAGGAGGAGCCCUCAGAGGAGAAGGGUAAGGGCGAGGGCAAAGGCAAGACCAAGAAGUCGAAGCAGGAGGAGCUGCAAGAGUCUCUGAAGAAGAGCACCGUUUUCGAUGCCCUUGUCCUGCACAUCCAGAAUGCGCUGGACUCCCCGGCCCUGCAGCCCGCGGCUUUGCAGCUGCUGCGCCGCGUGCUGCUGCGGAACAAGGUGCUCAGCGCGGCGGUCUACGAAACCAUCGACGCCGUGGGGGAGAUCAUGAUCACAGGCUCCGACAAGCGCACGGCGCAGCAGUGCGCGCAGAUCUUCGUGGACUUUAUGCUCGACUACCCCCAUGAGCCAAAGGCCUUGCAGCAGAGGAUGAACCAUUUGCUCAAGAACCUAGGCUACGCCGAGGAAGGCGGCAGGCGCGCGGUGCUGAACUGCCUCUAUCUGGUGGUGUUGCACUUCCCAGAAGCCCAGCUCUCCGGCAGCUUUGGCUAUGGCACCAUCAUCUUUGCCGCCUGUGCAGCGCGCUUGCCCUGCGAGGACGACCCUACCUGCCACCAGAUGCUCCACGUGCUAAUUUGCACCCUGCUGCGUCGGAUCACCCCUGGGAGCCGGGAGAAACUCUUGGACCUGGCGCUGAAGUGGGCGCCCACUGCCCCCGCAGUGCUGGCUGAGUGCUUGGGCCUCUUUGUGGAGGUGGACCCCUCAGAGCCGGCGCUGCGACGGGCGGUGCCGGCGCUGGCGACGCUGCUGAAGGCCGAGGGCCCCUGGCAGGUGGCCUACGCGGCCUGCCGCAGCGUGGAGCGGGUGCUGCAGGCACCACAGGGCUUGCUGAACCGACUGUAUGCGGAGGAGGGCGACGAAGGCUUGAGGUAUUUGUGGCGCUACCUGCUCGGGGAGGCCUUUGCAGAGGAGCGCCACGCCUGGAUCCUGGCGGUGGCCUUCCGGUGCUUGGAGGCCCAGAUCGGUUGCUGGCUGAGCGGCUCCGGCGAUGCCGGAGCGUGGCUUCAGGGCGGGACGAGGGCCUACGGCCUGAUGGGUGCCUUGCAGUCCUUCGUCACUAGCGCGCGCCUGGAGACCGAUAUCUCCUUGGCCCCGCAGGCGGUGAAGGCCCUGCGGAAUUUGCUGCUGCUGCUUUUGCAGCAGCCCGAGCUGGUGAAAGCCGAAGAGGCCGUGGCGGAGGCCGAGGUGGAGGUGGAGGAGGCGGAGGUGGAGGAGGUGGAGGAGGUGGAGGAGGAUGCCGAGGCCGAGGCCGGCGAGGGUGAAGCCGCGUUGGAAGCGAAGGAGGUGGAGAUGGAGACGGGAACGGCGGCCCCCGCGGAAGGAGAGGAGGCGCAAGAGGCGCGAGAAAGAAAUCAGGACGCCACUGACGCGCCGCAAGACUUGAAGGAAGAGGAGCAAGAGAAAGAUGAGGCCAAGGAGGAGCAAGAGGAUGGCAAAGAUGAGUUGGAAGCUGCGAAAGGAGAUGAGGCCUUAGAUGAGCCUGAGGGUGCACGCCAAGGCUCCGUCUACGAUGCCCUGGCCAAAACCGAGGCAGCAAAAGAAACACAGCCCAUCGCAGUGUCCGGUGACGUGGAGGACCGCCUCCGGCGCAGCCGUGUGAGGUGGCUGCUGGUGAGGUGGUCCCAUCAGUCCCAAGGCUUUCAGGCCAAUCCCUCUGAGCACUUCGUGCGGCUGGUGUCCUGGUUUCGUCUCUGCGAGUUCUUGGCUGAGCAGUUCCCGGUGGAGGUCCUGGCACAUCUGCUUCGGCCCCUGCUGAGCCCAGCCUAUCGCUGCACCACCGCUUUCAGGGGUGGCUCCUUGCCGGACGUGGUGACUUUGGACCAGGCCCUGCAGCUGCGACCAGUCCAGAGGAGGGCAUACCUGGCCAGUUUGGCCCAAGGCUUCAUCGACAAAGUGAACCAGCGCCUGUCGGACGCUGGCCAGGGCGCGCACUUCGCUCAGGUGCUGAACCAGGUGCGGAAGGCUGUGGAGAACAAGCGCCAGGAGCGGGUCCAGAAGCGGCGCCUGCAGCCGGCGAUCAACCCGGAGGCGGCCGCGGCGGCCAAAAAGGCCAAGAACCGACGCCGCGCCGAUGGGAAGAAGCGGAAGCUGGAGGAGCUGAUCCACACGACCAAAGCAGGGCGUGGCAAGCAGAAGGUGUCACAGUCCAAGUCCCUGAUCUCGUAAGCGCCUGGAACGUGGGGGUUCCGUAUAUGAGAGCGUUGCU